AUUUAUAAUACAAUAACUUUGUCUUUAAAAUCUUAAUAAUUUUAUAUUGCAAAGAAAUAACAAUGUCAGAAAAAGUUCACAUCACCCAAAACUCUGGAAGUGUAGAUCAUACCGUUGAAGCAUUAGGCCAUGCUAUGGCUGGUGGUGUUGCAGGUAUGGCAACUAUUGCCUUAACCUAUCCUUUUUCAACAGUAUCCACUCGUUUACAAGUUCAACAAAAAAAACAACAACAAAAGCAACAAGGUGAAAUUCAAGCAGUACCAUAUAAAAACUCAAUUGAUGCAUUUAAAAGAAUUAUUAAAGAAGAACAUUGGACUACUUUAUACAGCGGGUUAAAAUCUGCAUUGAUUGGUAUUGGUGCAUCAUCAUUUGUAUAUUAUUAUUGGUAUUCAUUAUUAAAAUCAAUUUCGUUAAAAGUCAAAAACAAGAGUGAAUUAGGUACCUUAGAAAAUAUUGUUAUUGCAGCUUUGGCAGGUUGUGCAAAUGUUUUAACAACCUUACCAAUUUGGGUUGUUAAUACUCGUCUUCAAUUAAACUCUGACAAAGGUAUUGUAGGUCAAUUCAAACAUAUCGUUAAAAAUGAAGGUUAUGGCGGUUUAUAUAAAGGUUUAAUCCCAGCCUUAAUUUUAGUUUCAAAUCCAUCAGUACAAUUUGUUUCUUAUGAAAAACUUAGAAGUUUAUGGAGAAAACAAACUGGUAGAUCAAAAUUAGGUGGUCUUGAAAUCUUUGUUUUGGGUGCAAUUGCCAAAUUAAUUGCAGGUGUUGUUACAUACCCAUAUCUUUUAGUUAAAAGUAGAUUACAAACACAAAAUGGUCAAGGUAACAAUGAAUAUAAAGGUACAUUAGAUGCCAUUUUUAGAAUUUUAAAGACUGAUGGUUUCCUUGGUUUCUUUAAAGGUAUGCCAUCCAAAAUGGUCCAAACUGUUUUAGGUGCUGCAUUUAUGUUCUUAGUUAAAGAAAAGGUUGUAACUUAUACCGUUGCUAUAUUAUUUUAUCUUAAAAACUAUAAAAAAAGAGUUUAAACAAUUUUAAAAU